UUGAGUGUAACUUGGGUCCUCUCUCUCUUUCUCUCUCUAAAUCUUGAGUCUCUGUGUGUGUGUUUGAGUGUAACUUAAGGUCCAAUCUUUAGUGAGUCUUAGCUUGUGUUCUCUCUUUCUCUCUCACUUUCAUUUUCUCUCUCUAAAUCUUGAGUUUUAGCUUGGAUUCUCUCUCUCCCUCUCUGUGUUUUGAGUGUAACUUGUGUCCUCUCUUUAGUCAGUGUUGGCUUGGGUUCUCUCUUUCUCUCUCUAAAUCUUGAGUAAUAGCUUGGAUUCUCCCUCUCUCAUGGAGAAUUUUGUAGUGAUAUUAGGAGAACUGAUUUUGCCAGUCUCAUGUGCAGUUGUAGUGUUAUGGGUGAGUCUAAGAAUAACAUAUUCCAUUUGGUGGAGACCUAGAAGUAUAGGGAAGCGCUUAGAGAAACAAGGGAUAAGGGGCCCUCCAUACAAGCUCUUCUUUGGGAACCAAAGGGAGAACAAUUGGGUCCUACAACAAGCCAACUCCAAGCCCAUCAACCUUUCUCAUCAUAUUGUUCCAAGGAUUGUUCCCUUCUUCCACAAAACUGUUAACAAUUAUGGUAAGAUUUGUGUUACGUGGUUUGGAAGCAUCCCAAGAGUCAUAAUUUUGGAGUCACAGCUGGUGAGGGAGGUUCUCUCUAACAAGUAUGGCCAUUUUGUGAAGGCACCACAAAACCCACUAACCAAACUAUUGGCUCAUGGAGUUGCAAGUCAAAAUGGAGAGAGAUGGGCCACGAAAAGAAGGAUCCUCAAUCCUGCUUUCCAUAUCCAAAAAAUUAAGGGGAUGCUGCCAGACUUCAUCCAUUGCUGCAAUGAACUGAUAGAGAGGUGGGAGAAAUUGGAAGGAAAAGAAUUGGAAAUUUUUAGAGAGUUUCAGAACCUAACUGCAGAUGUCAUUUCCCGGACGGCUUUCGGUAGCAGCUACAAAGAAGGGAGGCGCCUCUUUGAACUUCAAGGAGAGCAGGCCAAUCUCGUCUCUGAAGCUCUUCAAAACUUUUACAUUCCGGGUUUCAGGUUCUUGCCCACCCAAAAGAACAAGAGGAGGAAGGAGAUAGACAGAGAAGUGAGAGGCAUCCUAAAAGGCCUCAUCCAAAGGAGAGAAAAUGCUAUCCAAGCAGGCCAUGGUAACAACCAAGACCUAUUAGGCUUGUUGCUGGAAUCAAAUAACAAGGAGAAGAACUACAAGAUGACACUUGAGGACCUCAUAGGGGAGUGCAAGUUGUUCUACUUUGCAGGUCACGAGACGACAUCGGUGCUGCUAACAUGGACUUUGGUGGCGUUGUCGAUGCAUCCGGCAUGGCAACAGACAGCAAGGGAAGAAGUCAUGCGAGUUGUCGGAUCAUCUUCCACGCCUCUGACUUUCGACCACCUUACCAACCUCAAAGUUGUCAACAUGGUCCUCCAUGAGGUCCUUAGGCUCUACCCACCAGUCUCGCACAUCAUUCGGCAGACCUCGGCGAGAGUGAAACUCGGAGGCUUACAUUUCCCUGAAGGCAUCCAACUGGUGCUACCAAUGAUCAUGAUCCACCAUGAUCGUGAGCUUUGGGGCGACAGCGUCGAGGAAUUCCGACCUGAGAGAUUUUCUCAAGGGGUUUCAAAGGCUUCUAUAUAUCCACUGGCCUUUUUCCCCUUUGGAUGGGGACCAAGGUUUUGCAUUGGCCAAAACUUUGCCUUUAUUGAGGCCAAGAUGGCUCUGGCCAUGAUCCUACAACGUUUCUCCUUUUGCCUGUCUCCCUCUUAUGUGCAUGCUCCCUGUAUCAAAAUCACAAUGCAACCACAAUAUGGGGUUCCUGUCAUCUUAAACAAACUCUAGACUCGUGCAGUCCGUCCCUGUAAAAAAAUGAGUUUUCAUGAGGAGAUGUCAUCUUUUGGAGGAAGAAUUUCAUCA